GAGCAGAGGCUAACGGCUGACUGGGAGUUCAGGAUUAGCUAACGUUUGCCACUGGUAAAUCUUUAACGACUUUUUGUGUGUCCCUCAGAAGACAGUUUCCAAUGUGGGUCCUUGUUUUGGUGAACUGUUCCUGAAGCUGCAUUUGGAAGACAGAGCAUACAAAGUGCCAAGCCGCGCAGGUUGGCAGCCGCUCUGCAACAUGUCCAAGAGCAAGAGCUCUGAGUCGGUCAAGGUGGUAGUCCGUUGUCGCCCUAUGAAUGAAAAAGAGCGGGAAGCCAAGUUUGACAGGGUGGUGACUGUCGAUGUCAAAUUGGGCCAAAUAAUUGUCAGGAACCCCCGGGAGGCUUCAGCUAGCGAACUCCCCAAAGUCUUCACUUUUGAUUCAGUCUAUGACUCAAACUCCAAACAAAUAGACUUGUAUGAUGAAACCUUCAGGCCCCUGGUGGAUUCAGUUCUACUUGGGUUCAAUGGGACCAUUUUUGCCUAUGGGCAGACUGGUACUGGGAAAACGUACACUAUGGAGGGGGUGAAGAAUGAUCCAGAGAGGAGGGGGGUGAUCCCUAACUCCUUUGAACAUAUCUUCACUCACAUCUCACGCUCCCAGAAUCAGCAGUACCUGGUGCGAGCAUCUUAUCUAGAAAUUUACCAAGAGGAGAUCAGAGACUUGCUCUCCAAAGACCAGGCACGUCGUCUUGAGCUCAGGGAGAGGCCUGACACGGGUGUUUAUGUUAAAGACCUUUCAUCAUUCGUCACCAAGAGUGUGCGGGAGAUAGAGCAUGUCAUGAAUGUGGGCAACCAGAAUCGUUCAGUGGGUGCCACAAACAUGAAUGAACACAGCUCCCGUUCUCAUGCCAUUUUUGUCAUCACUGUUGAGUGUAGUGAGUUGGGUGUUGACGGGGAGAACCACAUCAGAGUCGGCAAACUAAACCUGGUAGAUUUAGCUGGCAGUGAAAGGCAGACCAAGACUGGCGCUCAGGGGGAGCGGCUUAAAGAAGCCACAAAGAUCAAUUUGUCGCUUUCGGCUCUGGGGAACGUGAUAUCAGCUCUGGUGGAUGGCAGGAGCAGCCACAUCCCGUACAGAGAUUCCAAACUCACCCGUCUGCUGCAGGACUCUCUGGGGGGCAAUGCCCGCACCGUCAUGGUCGCCAACAUCGGCCCGGCAUCCUACAAUGUAGAGGAGACCUUGACGACGCUGCGUUAUUCCAACAGGGCUAAGAACAUCAAGAAUAAACCACGCAUCAACGAGGACCCCAAGGACGCCCUGCUCAGGCAGUUUCAGGAGGAGAUCGCCAGGCUGAAGGAACAACUGCAAAAGCGCUCAGGAAAGAAGAAAAAGAGGAGGCAGAGGAGGAGAGCUGGAGAGGGGAGCGAUGGUGAGGAUCUGGAGGAUGGAGAGACCGAGGACGAUGAUGAAGAUGGGGAAGACAAAGGGGAUUACUGGCGGGAGCAGCAGGAGAAGCUGGAGAGAGAAAGAAAGGCGAUCAUGGAGGAUCACAGUCUGGUGGCUGAGGAGAAAACUCGGCUUCUCAAAGAGAAAGAGAAGAAAAUGGAAGAUUUGAGGAGGGAGAAGGAGGCCGGAGAGAUGCUUGCAGCCAAAGUGAAGGCGAUGGAGAGUAAGCUCCUGGUAGGGGGGAAGAACAUUGUGGAUCACACCAAUGAGCAACAGAGAAUGCUGGAGAUGAAGAGGCAGGAAAUCGCCGAACAGAAACGGCGAGAGCGAGAGAUGCAGCAGCAGAUGGAGAGUCGUGACGAAGAGACUCUGGAGCUGAAGGAGACCUACAGUUCUCUGCAGCAGGAGGUCGACAUCAAAACCAAGAAGCUGAAAAAGCUGUUUGCUAAGCUGCAGGCCGUGAAGGCUGAAAUCCAUGACAUCCAGGAGGCACACAUCAAGGAGCGCCAGGACCUGGAACAGAACCAGAACGAACUCACCAGGGACCUCAAACUCAAGCAUCUGAUCAUUGAGAACUUCAUCCCCUUAGAGGAAAAGAACAAAAUAGUCAACAGGGCUUAUUUUGAUGAGGAGGAUGAAUACUGGAAAAUGAAGCCCAUCACACGCAUGGAGGAUGACCAUCAGAUGAUGACCAGGCCUCUUUCUGCAGUCGGCUACAGGAGGCCUCUCAGUCACCACGCUCGCAUGGCCAUGAAGAUGGUUAGGCCUGACCCUAGAUACAAAGCUGAAAACAUUGUAAUGCUGGGCAUGGAGAUGCCCACUCGGACCACUAAAGACUAUCAGGAGCCAGUUAUCGCCCCAAAGGUGGCGGCAGUGCUCGAGAACGCUCUUAGGGAUGAGGAUGAGAUCCAAAUAGAUGCCUCAGGCUUUCACAGCAGCUUAGGAUCAACCUCGCCCGCCAGCGGCAGCCUCAAGAAACCAAAGUCUGGUCGACCAAGAACAGGCAAGAAGUCGAGCACCCCGACCUCUCCAUUCAGCCCCUCAAGCCCAGGAUCCCCGCUUUACCCACAAUCCCGCGGCCUGGUGCCCAAGUGAGAGCUUCUACCACUAAUAUCACCACCAACCCUUCUUGUGCACCUUUCCACUUUGGGACUCAACUUUGAGAGUUUUGUUUUGUCUGAGUCAUCUUUUGUCACAGAACAUUGGAUUCUGCAAACGACAGAGGAAAAAAAAAAGACUAAUGCUGCUUUGUAGGUUUUAACUGUAACCACACCACUACUAGCUGUUAACGUAAGCUUUUCAUCUAUGAGAUUUGAAACCCAUGUCCUGAGAGUGAGUCAGUACAACACAGGCACAGCUGCCACGCAUGAAGCCUCACAUCACUCUACACUGCUGUCACCUUUACUUAUGUUUGGCUUAAUGCCACUGAUGUCUUAUAUACAUACAUAUAUGUACACAGAUCAGCCAAAGCAUUGAAACCACUGACCUGUGCAGUGAAUAACUUUGAUCAUCAUGUUCUAAUGCAAUGUUCUGCGGGGAACCCUUGGACAAUAAUUAGUGACAGCACUUCAUUGCAUCUUGACGGUUAAGGAGCUGAAAUAACCACGUUUCUAUCAAUGCCAAUCGCAGCUGGAGGCAAUAAAUACCUGUGACUGCUGCAGAGACAUUUGACCCAAGUGUGAAUGCCAAUCGUACCCGUUCCCAUUGCAUUAAAAAGCCAGAUGUUAAAUGUUUUUUUGUGCAGUGGGAAUUAGGGGUGUAAAUCUCUAGUUUCAUCACAAUACGAUAUGAUAUUGAUACUGUGGAAGACGAUUCGAUAUUUGUCGAUAUCACAAAGUCUGCCAUAAUAUGAUUUGAUUCAGUUUAGGGCCAGGCAAGCGAUAUGAGCUGAUAUUAUAUGCACAUUUAACAAAGUUGGUUACAGGAGAAGCUGCCAUCCCCCUCUUGCUUUUGGCCAGAAAAGAUGAAAACAACACACACAUAAUUGGAAUUAAUUAAAACUGGUUUGUUCUGUUAGAAAACGCUUUUUGGAAAAAAAUGUUUUCAUUUUAAUUCAAACCAUGAUCCUUUUCCUAAAACUUCAGGGCUAUCUGACUUGAUGACAAACUGCUCCCAACAUCCUCAAAACUUGGAUAAACAUGAAGAUCUUUUAACAAAAGUAUAAAACUCAGCUUAAUAAUAACCAUCUAGAGUCACAGACAAAACAGCUGUCUUUCGUAAGUCAUGUUUCACCAACAUACAACAUGCUAGCAUAAGCCUAUGGCAUUUUACAAAGCAUAAAUUAGCUUAGAGGCUAGCAGACUUACCAGUUUACAUUUAUUUAUGCUCUCUCUUACUCACUGCUGGUUUAAGUCACAGUGUCUCCCGACAUACAGGCACUGAUGAAUUUCAAUGCACGUGUUUUCAGUGUAACAUUGUUGAAACCGAGCAGCUAAUGUGACGUUAGGAAGAGGUCAGUGAAGUGAGAUGUCCGGUGUGUGCGUCGUGUUUCAUCAGUACGCCUUAUAUGAGCUCUGUCUGUUGAACGGCAGUUUCUCCGAAAACAAAACAUUUCCACACUGACGAUUUAUUUCAGAGUUAAAUAGUGUUAUCCUCUGCUUGCCAUCAUCUGCUUCACACUGUGACACUGACACAGAAUUUCAAAAUAAAGGCGCAUCUAAAACAGGAUCAGAUGGAUUGAUGUUUACACUGUGCAUCGAUGUUAUGUGAUCGUUGCUCAUUUAAUCGAUAUUUCGAUGUAGAUCGAUGGAUCGUUACACCCUUAGUGGGAAUGAGGCUUGGCUCUGACCUGUCAAGGAAUGGACACAGUACCGUGUGGGGUGUCCUGUGGUGUCUGGCACCGUGGUGUUGUCGCUUGAUCCUUUGAGUCCUGUGGGUUCAGAAUCAUAAAUAUUUUAUUGAUCCCCAGGUGAGCAUCUUGAGGUGAGGUACCAGCACGUCCCACGGAUGCUUGAUCAGAUCUCUCAAGUUCUACUUGUCAAGUUCCUUUGGCCAUUCCUGAGUAGUUUUUGCAGUGUGGCAUGGUGCACUGUCCUGCUAAGGGAGCCACUACCAUUGGGGAGUACUGUUGCCACAAGGAGGCUACUUGGUCUCUAACAGUGUUUGGAUGGGUGGAGUGUGUCCAGUGGCAUCUACGUAAAUGUCAAGACCCGAGAUUCCCAGCAGAACAUUGCAUUACAACGCCAUGAUUGAUGUUAUUCACUUCAGUUGUCAGUGGUUUAAAUGUUUUGGCUGAUUGAUGUAUACAUUUCACAAUGUUUUUAAUGUAUAGAAUUAAUGAAGGUGGGCUUAACCACCCUUGAUGGACUGCAGUAUCCUCAAUGCACUUCUUCCUCUCAUCGUCCCAGAUCUGUAUUGGGUGUUUUAGUCUUUUCAAUGUAAGUGUGGACGUUGGUGGGAGGGGUGAUGGGGUUGACGUGAAGACACAUGGACUAGGCGGCUAUUUGCGUGUGUGUUUGUCGGUGUGUUGUUGUAUGUCUGGCUAUAUAUCUAUGUGUGUGUGUCUUUACGUCAAACUUUUUGUUUCAUAAAGCUCCGGUUGAAUUGA